AAACAGACCAGAGAACCGAGCAUUAUCUUUAAUUGUGGGCACACGAUUUUUUUCAGUUUCCAAACACUUUUCCAACUUUCGGACCAUUUUCCCAGGAAGUGUUAGCGUAAAAAUCAUUCAAAUAUGUUUUUCGAAUUCUUUGACUCCCCACUUGCUUGGCCAACAUUUUUAGCCGCAAUUAAUAUUUAUUUCAUUUACUAUUUUACACAAGUUGUAAAGCGUCCGCGCCUCAUUUGCGCCAGUGGACCGUUUGAGAAUUUUUUGGUAGCCAACGUGCGCACGAUUAGCGAAAAAUAUUGGCCCACUUUUUGGUGUUUGGGUGGCGGUGCGCAAACGCUUGUUGCCAAUACAAUACGACAAUGGACUGUACCAAAAGUGAACUACAGAAAAGAGAUAUUGAAAUUAAAAGAUGGCGGUGAGCUUGGUCUGCAUUGGCUGGAGGAUGGUUGCGUGGAAAAUUCACCUUGUCUCAUCAUCAUACCCGGUUUUAUUGGUGAAUCUCAGACGGAAUACAUGAGAAGCUUGGUAAAAACUGCUAAUAAAGCUGGUCUACGUGUGGUGUCAUAUAAUUACCGUGGCUUGGGUGGUGUGGCAUUGAAGACCGCACGACUUUAUACACUAAAUUGUUAUGAGGACUUAUCGGAAGUGAUACGUCAUGUACAUGGCAAAUUGCCAAACGGUUGUAAACUUGGCUGUGCAGCUGUUUCACUGGGCACCUUAAUGUUGGGAGCAUAUUUGGCUGAUGAGAAGGAGGAGGCGAAUAAAUAUCUCACUGCUGCUAUGAUGAUUUCGCCACCAUGCGAUCUAAAGCUGGGUAUGCAAAGCAUGGAAAGGCCAUAUUUUAAUAGAUUUUUCAAUUAUGCAAUUAUGUGGGAAGUGAUAAGAAAAUUUGGAAGCUAUGAUAUAUUAAAGAAAUCAAAUAUCGACUUAGAUUUGAUACUAACUAGUAACACAAUAAGUGAUUUCAUAGACAAAAUGUUAGUGAAGAGUUCACUAUUUCCCAGUUUAGAUGUCUGCUAUGCAGAUGCGAAAUUGCAUAAUAAAUUUGAAAAUAUUUCAACACCGCUAUUGUGUAUUUGUGGAGCCGAUGAUAUAUUCCAGCCGGCGGAUGCUCUACCAUUAGCAGAGGUAAGUAAAAGUUCGUUUGUAGCAAUGGUUUUAACGGAGCAUGGCGGACAUAUUGGUUUCUUAGAAGGUUGGUGGCCUUUUCGUGGUGUACAAUACUUGGAGAGAGUUUUCGUUGAAUACUUUACUAAAACGUUAUUCGACAAAGAUGGUUCCUUUCAAAAGAUUAAAGAACAAUUGGGCGUAUUUAAUUGAAUUAAGUGAAACAAUAAUGAUGUUAAUUAAUAUAUAUGUAGGUAAUUAA